UUGGCCCAAAGUCAUUGCAGACUUCUGAAAUGUUUUAAGCUUAGAGCCCACAUAAGAGGGACAUGCGGUUUCUGAAAUGUUUUAAGCUUAGAGCCCACAUAAAAAUUUAUCAUUACGUGUUUUCCAUAUAUCAUAUAAAUAAUGAGAAAAUCCGUGUAACGUCACCUUAAUAGGAAAUCAGUUUGUAUAAAUAUUUAAAUGAUGACAACCCAACAAAUAGAAGAAAAAUGAAGAAAAAUACGAAUAGACAGUUCGCCCUAAUUUUUCUCUCUUCUCUUUCAUCCUUUAAAAGCCUCCUCCGCCGUUUCGGUGUUUUUCGAUAAGCUUUCGAUAACUUUUUUCUGAUGUUGCGCCCCUUUAGCUUUCUUCUUUGUCUUUAUGUCUCUCUUUUGAUCUAUGAUUUUCUUUAACAUUGGAUAAUGAUUUCACGAUGAAGCUUUCCCCAAAACACUUGGAUUCACGCACGGUUCUACAUGUGCAACUCCUUUGAUGGGCGUACUCUCUCUCUCAGACGACCACUCUACUUGGAACCUCCGAUAAGUUUUUCAUCUUAUAAUCUACAAUAAGUUGUAUUGUUUUGGAUUUCUACACCCCAGGCACGGGUGUAUAAUUAACCAAUAAGCCACAGUGCUUCUACACCUUUUUGAUCUAUCUUGUGAUGGGGUUUCACCCUUUUCUCACUUGUUUUUAGUUGAUUGUAGCCUUCACAUUGACUUUGCGAAAAAGAAUUUAAUUGGGGGACAAAUAUGUGUCUUAUUUAUGGUUGUGUUUAAAUAUUUUGUCAAAUUAUGAUGUUGUGGUGUUGCAGAUUUUGGAUCUCGUUGGUUCAAGCUUGGUGAUCCUUUGUGGCAUGGAUCUAUUCUAUUCGGAGUUAUGCGGAUGUAUUUGGCUUCUUCGGUACUGGCCUUCUUCAUUAGUUUGGCGCUUCAGUUAUAUAUGGUGUUCAGAUCUAUUGCUACGUGCUCUCCUUUUCCGGUGCGUUCUCAGAUCUUCUUUGGACUUGUCGGACGAAUGUUUGUUCUAGCCAGGUGCAUGAAUACACCAGCAAUUCUCAUCUUGUAUUGCUCUUAGUAUUCCAAAAAGAAUUAAGCGAUGGGGUAUCAAAAGGAAUUUUAGAUUUUAGAGACAGAGAGAUUGCAGUGCAUGAAGGUGAAGAUAACAUUCCAUAUAAUACGUGAUGACCGGACCAAAGAGAUUGGAUCAAUAAACCGGACCGUGAUUUCCUUCCUUUUUUGUCUUCGAUAGUGUCAACAAAACCUGAGUAUAUAUACUGCUUUCUCAGGAAACAGAGAUUAUGAUGAGAUGGCAGCGGGGGGAACAAAUCAAUCAAAAUCUAGGGCUCCACCUACAAUGACGGCUCCUGAAUCAAUCUCCUUAGCGAUCAACCAAAUCGACGAGAAGAAGCAAAAGCUGAAGCAAGCCUUCGACGACCUUCAACCUCACUGUUCCCUCCUCUCCCCAUCUUUCAACCUCUCCUGGUCCGACAUCGACUCUCGCUUCUCCUCUCUCCAGUCCUCACUCUCUGACCGCUUCCGCCUCCUCCAAUCCGACAUAACCGAACCACCCCCGCUCCUCUGGCCGGAACUGAGAACGUUCUGCGACAACAUGGACGGCAAAGGCUUGGGGAAGUUCAUGGUUGAUAACUCGAAUAAGCGUUUGUCGAUCGAACCGGAGCUUGCGCAAGCGAUUCGAUCCUCAUCGAGUCCAGCAGCUUUGGUUCUUGACGCCAUCCAAGGCUCUUACCGUUGUUCCCCGCCGUCUUCCGCCAGAGCCCUCGAUGCGAGGAGGACCUUCGUUUUGCUGUUGGAAGCUUUGAUUGAGAUCAAACCGAGUCUCACUAACGAGUUGAGGGAGAGAGCGAGGACGCUCGCUUCCGAUUGGAGGUUGAAUAUAUGUAACAAAUCAUCGGAAGCGUUAGGGUUUCUUCACUUGGUCGUAGUCUUUGAGUUAGUAUCUGUGUUUAAGAUGGAAGAGAUUCUUGAUUACGUUUUCUUGAUCUCCAAGUGUAGACAAGCGACUACGUUAUCUAAGAUGCUUGGUUUGGAUAAGACCAUAGUCGCUGGUAUUGUUCAGAAGCUGUUGCAUACCGGGAGGUUACUUGCUGCGGUUACUUUUAUUUACGAGUUUGAGAUGACUGAUAGGUUCCGACCAGUUAAUGUUUUGAAAACUAGUUUAUACAACUCUAGAGAGGCUGCUAAGAGGGUCUGCGCCGAAGGGGGUAACUCUCUCAAGGCCCAGAACGAAGCUACUGAUAAAGAGCUUAGUGCGUUGAGGUUGGUGAUCAGGGUGAUUAAGGAGAGGAACCUUGAAAUUGAGUUUUUUGAAGAGGAUCUUGAGGAAUCCGUUCAAGAGUUGGAGAAUCUGAGAGCUCAGAGGAGGCAAGCCGCUAAGCCCGCUUCCCCUGCUAUUCCCCCUAAACGACCUCGAGUUGCUACGGGUAAUAAUUUGACAACUCGGACACAUAAUCAGCAACCGCCGCUUUUGCCUGAUCCUAGGCACGGUUUACAAGUGAACCCGUUUGGUUUUGUGAACUCAACAGUGCCUGGUGUUAAUGUCCCAUAUGGCAACCAAUUGGCUCCAUAUGGAUCGGUUCCAGCUCCAGCUAUAGUGGCUCGACCUGUCUACUAUCAGCAGCAAACUGGAUAUGGGUUACGACCUCAAUACCAACCACCUUACUAUCCUCAGUAGCAUCUCCAUUGUUGGCUAGGGAAUGCAAGGGAUAUUGAACUAUAAGAAGAUUUUGGUGUAUUGAAUUAUAUAUGUGUGUGUGUGUGUAUGAUUUUCUGUAUUGACAAAAGUAAAUUAUCUCAAAGGACCACAUAUAAGAUACUUGAUAUAAUUGUUGUUUUUGCGAUGGUAUAAAAGAAAAUGAAUAAUCUUGUGCUA